GACCAGCUGGGACAGACAGACCGACAAACGGACGGCGGCGGAGCCCGCGGGCCCGGUGGCGGCGAUCGCUCGACAACGCCGCAAUGUGGAAAUAACGAACCAACGUGCGCCCAGGGAGCGCCUCCGGGGGCUCGGCCAGGUGCGCGGCGCCUGCAGCGGCGCCCGGGUGCGGGAUGGAGGCGCAGGGUUUGGACUGGCUUCUCGUCCCGCUGCAGCAGCUGGUGUCGUGGGGCGCGGCCGGCGCCAUGGUCUUCGGCGGCGUGGUGCCCUAUAUUCCUCAGUACCAGGACAUCCGCAGGACGCAGAACGCCGACGGUUUCUCCACUUAUGUGUGUCUGGUGCUGCUGUUGGCCAACAUCUUACGGAUCCUCUUCUGGUUCGGAAGGCACUUUGAGUCCCCUCUUCUGUGGCAGAGCAUAAUCAUGAUCUUGACCAUGUUGCUGAUGUUGAGACUCUGCACCGAAGUCCGCGUGACCAACGAGCUGAACCUCAAACGCCGCUCAUUUGCAGAUAGUAAGGAUGAAGAAAUCAGAGUCCCCCUCAGGCGGUCCUAUCUGGACUUCGACCUGCACCACUUCUGGCGCUGGAGCAGCUUCUCAGACUAUGUGCAGUGCGUGCUGGCCUUCUCAGGCGUGGCGGGCUACGUCACCUACCUAUGCAUCGACUCGACCCUCUUUGUGGAGACGCUGGGCUUCCUGGCUGUGUUCACCGAGGCCAUGCUGGGCGUGCCGCAGCUGUGCCGCAACCACCGCCACCGGUCCACCGAGGGGAUGAGCAGCCUAUCAUCUGACCUGAUUCACCAGCUUCUGCAGCCUUGUGAGCCAGCAGCCUGUGGUCUGACCUGCCAGUUUGGGUUCGUCAGCCCCUGCAGCCACGUGGGUCGAGAAAAACCUACGCCUAACCAAUGGAUUUGGGACUUGCUGGCCUCCGCAACUGUGUGAGCCAUUUCCUUGAUACGAUCUAAUCGAGUUAAGAGGAAGUCAUACUGGAUUAGGGUUUCCUUAUAAGAAGAGGAGAGACACAGAGACAUAGGGAGAAGGCCAUGUAUAAAUGGAGGCAGAGAUUGGAGUGAUGCAUCUAUAAACCAAGGGACACCAACGAUUGCCAGCAACCACCAGAAGCUAAGAAGAGGCAAAAAAGAAUUCUCCUUUAGAGCCUUCAGAGAGAACAUGGCCCUGCGGAUACCUUGAUUUUGGAGUUUUAGCUUCCAGAACUGUGAGGAAUAACUUUCUGUUGUUUUAAGCCAUCCAGUUUGUGGUACUUUGUUACAGAAGCCCUAGGAAACCACUACUACCGUGAACUACCAGAACUUCCCCAGGAAGAAAUAGAUAACCUAAAUAGUCCUAUAUCUAAUAAAGAAAUUGAAUUCAUAGAUUAAAAUAUUUGGGAAAAGAUCUUAGGGAAGCCAGAAAUCUGGAUUUUUGUUUUUUACACAGAAUUAGUUAUCAGCUAACUCUAAAACAUUUUGAAGCACUGUGUGAGCCAACACUGCAAGUCAAAUAAAAUGUAUCUAAAACAUAAUAAAAUGUUUUAGGCAUGGAGAGCCUCUCUACUCCUUUGCAGCUUUCCAAGCCUUAAAUCACGGAGGGCAUGGGCUGGGCGCCUGCCAUGUGUACACAGGAUCAUAAUCCUCACAUGGAGGUUCUGAGAGAGGAGGCUUCUUAUCCUGGCCUUAUAAAUAAAAAUGGGCUGAGGCUUAGGGAGAUUGAAGCUGUGGCAGGGAGCUGAGGCAGGGAGGGCGGAUCUGGACCGGGGCUGUUCGUGCCUUUUUUCUGCAGAGCCUCCUCAUGCCAGCAGGUUGGCACCUUGCUGAGGGCUGCCGUGUCCUGGGGUCUGUGCCGGUGGGUCUGCAGUUCUGACCUGUGUCUUGUCUGCUCUGGGGACCCUGAGCCAGGCAGGCUUGUCCCGGGGAGAGCUGCACACGCCCCCUCCCUGCAGGAAGCUCUCCGUAGUCUGGUUUAAUUAGCUGGAAAAGAUUCAGCCUGCCAAUGCAAAUGUGUCUAAUUUAAACACAUUUCAUGCAGAAAAAUACAUCGUGCUUAUUUUCAUUACUUGGCAGGCUGUGCUCUUAAAUGCUGGGUGCAAACAAGAGAUGUGUGUAGAAUAUAGGCAGUAAGUGGCGAUUGUUCCUAAUUUGCUCCCCAUGGUUUUAUGUGCCUUUAGGGCUAGUCUAAUGGAGGAGACAUGGAAGCGGUUUGCAGGGAAGGUUUGCUUCCAGUAAUGGAGUCACCCUGAAUUAUGAGUAAGAUGGUCUGGACCUCGCAUCCCCCAAGAGUCCCGCUUGGCUCUGCUGUGUGCAGGGUUGGGUGCCAGGCGGAGAACCGCCAUUGGCUUGUGGUUCACGUCCUCAGCACCCCUGGAUGCCGGGAUGGGGCGUUCAGGGGUGAGAGCCACUCUUUGGAGGCCUUGCAGACGUUACACUCGAGCCCCAGGCAUCCUGCUCCUCCAUGUUCUGUGCCGUGUCCCAGCCAUGUGCCCCCUGCCAGGUGCCCCAUCACACACGGGCUGGAUGCAAGAGCUCCCACGCAGAUGGCCUCUGAAGGUGGCCCAGGGCAGCGUCCCAACGCCUGGUCUCCAUUGCUCUUGGAGGGCUGAGGCCACUGCACCUGGUCCAGCUCUGUCUCCUGUGCAAUGUGUCUCUCCCAUCUUGGCCUCUGCACCUUUAGAACUGUACUCCCUAUGGGGCACAGCCAAGCACCUGGUGAUCCUCCAAAGAGUACCCCCUUCCCUUGGGAAUUGGGGUCCCCUGGCAUAAGAGCCGCAUUUACACAGAGCCCCUGUCCUGCAAGGCCCGGUAGAGACUACCCUGACCCCUAUGUGUCUCU